AUGGCGGCGGCCGGACCCCGGGGCACUCCGCGCAGGGCCCUGUGCCCGCAGCUCCUGGUGACUCUCGCGAUCUUGACAUUGGUCUGUGAUGCCUGCAAAAAUGUUACACUUCAUAUUCCUUCCACACUGGAUGCUGGAAAAUUUAUUGGUAGAGUGGACUUGAAGGGGUGCUUGAAAUCUGCAACUCAGAUUCAGUCAAGUGAUCCUGAUUUUCAAGUUUUUGAAGAUGGCUCAAUAUAUGCUACACAUGCUAUACUUCUAUCCAAGGAGAAGAGAACUUUUACCAUAUUACUUUCCAGCAUGGAGAACCAAGAGACGAAAAUAGCUGUAUUUUUAGAGCAUCAAACAAAGGAUCUAAAGAAAGGACAUUCUAAAGAAAAAAUUCUCAGACGUGGCAAGAGAAGAUGGGCUCCCAUUCCUUAUUCGAUGCAAGAGAAUUCUUUGGGUCCUUUCCCACUUUUCCUUCAACAAAUCCAGUCUGACGCAGCACAGAACUACACUAUAUACUACUCCAUAAAAGGGCCUGGAGUUGACCGAGAACCUAAAAAUUUAUUUUAUGUUGAUCGAGACACUGGAAACCUGUUUUGUACUAGAAGUGUAGACCGUGAGCAGUAUGGAUCUUUUGAGCUAGCUGCCUUUGCAACAACCCCAGAUGGCUAUACUGCAGACUUUCUUCUGCCCCUUGUAAUCAAAAUUGAGGAUGAAAAUGACAAUUACCCAAUUUUUACAGAAACUACUUAUGUUUUCACAGUUGCUGAAAACUGUAGAAUUGGCUCCACUGUGGGACAGGUGUGUGCAACAGACAAUGAUGAACCGGACACCAUGCACACGCGCCUGAAAUACUCCAUCAUUGAGCAGAGACCUGCGUUGCCUUCUGUGUUUUCUAUGCACCCAAAAACUGGAGUCAUCACCCUAUUGUCAUCUCAGCUAGAUAGAGAGUUAAUUGAUAAAUACCACUUGAAAAUAAAAGUCCAAGACAUGGAUGGUCAACCUUUUGGCUUGCAGACAACUUCAUCUUGUAUCAUUAAUAUUGAAGAUGUGAAUGACAACUUGCCAACAUUUACUCGUAGUUCUUAUGAGGCAUCAGUGGAAGAAAAUACAGCUAACGUGGAAAUCUUGCGCAUUGCUGUUGAAGAUAAAGAUUUAAUUAAUACUGCUAAUUGGAGAGCUAAUUACACGAUUUUAAAAGGCAAUGAAAAUGGAAAUUUCAAAAUUGUUACCGAUCCCAACACCAAUGAAGGAAUUCUGUGUGUGGUAAAGCCUCUGAAUUAUGAAGAAAAGCAACAGGUGGUCCUGCAAAUUGGAGUAGUUAAUGAAGCACACUUUUCUAAAGACUCGGCUACAAAAUCAGCCAUGAGCACAGCGUCUGUUACUGUGAAUGUGAGGAACCAGGAUGAGGGCCCAGAAUGUAGCCCUCCAGUCCAAACUGUACGGAUUAAAGAAAAUGCGCCCCAGGGAUCGCAGAGCUUGGGCUACAAGGCGUAUAACCCAGAAACCAGAAGCAGCAGCGGCAUAAGGUAUAAGAAAUUAAGUGAUCCAAGAGGCUGGGUCAGCAUUGAUGAGAAUUCUGGAUCCAUCAAAAUUUUUAGAAGCCUGGAUAGAGAAGCAGAGAGCAUCAGAAAUGGUAUAUAUAAUAUCACAGUGCUUGCAUCAGAUGGAGUUGGAAGAACAUGUACGGGGACACUAGGCAUUAUACUUGAAGACGUGAAUGAUAAUGGCCCAUCCAUCCCUAAGCGGACAGUCAUCAUCUGUAAAACCACCAUGUCAUAUGCAGAGAUCGUGGCUGUGGAUCCCGAUGGCCCUAACCAUGGCCCACCCUUUGACUUCAGCGUAGAGAAAGCUGUUGGUUCAGAUGCACGAAGAUGGGAACUGAGAAGAAUUAAUGAUACGGCAGUACGCCUUUUCUAUAGGGACGACCUUCCAUUUGGAACAUAUGAUGUACAAAUCAGGGUGACUGAUAGAAUGGGCCAAUAUAAUGUCAACUCAGUCAACGUUUUGCUAUGUGACUGUGUUACUGAAUAUGACUGUACAAGUCGUAUAAGUCCAAGAACUGGCAGUAGUGAAGUAAGACUUGGAAAAUGGGCCAUCCUUGCAAUAUUGUUGGGCAUAGCAAUGCUAUUCUGUAUUCUGUUUACUCUAAUCUGUGGGACUUCUGGUAUACACAAACCGCAAAAGGAAUUUCCAAAUGAUAUUACUCAGCAGAACCUAAUUGUGUCAAAUACUGAAGCUCCCGGAGAUGACAAAGUGUAUGCCACGGAUGGCUUCACAUCCUAUGUUGUGGGCUCUGCUGCUCCAGGAAUUUGUGGCACCGUGGGGUCAGGAGUAAAAAAUGGCAGACAGGAAACCAUUGAGAUGGUGAAUGGACACCAGACGUUGGAAUCCUGCCGGGGGGCAGGGCAUCACCACACCCUGGAUUCCUGCCGAGGAGGACAUGCAGAGAUGGACAACUGCCGAUACACGUACUCCGAGUGGCAUAAUUUCACUCAAUCCUGUCUCGGUGAAAAGGUGCAGCUGUGUCAUCAGGAUCCUGAGCAUAAUCCCGCUCAAGACUACGUCCUUACAUACAGUUAUGAAGGCAAAGGAUCGGCGGCUGGCUCUGUGGGUUGUUGCAGUGAACAACAUGAAGAUGAUGGCCUUGAGUUUUUGGAUCAUUUGGAGCCCAAGUUUAGGACACUUGCAGAAACAUGCGUCAAGAGAUGA